GCACUGGUAGGAGUGCGUUGCCUGACAGACUGCACUCUGGGUAAAACCCUCCCAUCUGCGUCAAAACAGCAGCUUGGUUAGCUCUUGCUAGCUAACCUGACGCUAGUUAGUGGUGCGUCAGGUUCACCAACCAACUUUAAUGGUUUUUCGCGUCUGUAGGCCAUCUUUGCUGUAUGCAGUGUCUAUUUUGUUAUGAGACAUGCAGGAUAGGUACAACGAAAUAGGCUUUGUCCAGCAAAUACUCGGUUUGAAUUUGGUGCCGAGAAAAAAUAGUACAAACCGAGGCAAUGACACAUCUCUCAGCGACUUCUCAGAGAUGUGGUAUGGCGUGUUUCUGUGGGCAGCGGUCUCCUCUCUUGUGUUCCACCUGCCUGCAGCUUUACUGUCCCUAGCCUCACUGCGCCAGCACAAAUUUGCCCGGUUCAUGCCCAUUGCGAUCCUCCUCAUGGGCAUUGUGGGACCAGUGUUUGGGGGAGUCCUAACUAGUGCAGCCAUAGCAGGUGUGUACAAGGCAGCAGGGAAGACGAUGAUAUCUUUGGAGGCGCUGGUGUUUGGUGUCGGGCAGUCGUUUUGUGUUCUCCUCAUCUCCUUCCUCAGGAUACUUGCAACCCUUUAGCAGUGCUAAGUUUGAUGUGGACUUUCUGGUGAAUACUGGCAAGAACAGUCCAGUCUGGGUUGUGAUGUCAUUUUCUAUGGGUGGAUUUUUUUUCUCAACUAUCAAGAGAAAGGCAAUGUGUAAAUUGAUGGAGUGUACGCUAUACAGCACUGAAUGCUCUAGGUGUUAAAUCAUUUGUAUGAUAUUGACUGUAGGACAGCAUGUUGCUACAUUCACAUCCAGGCCUCCCCAUACUACAUCCAAUGAAAGUUACUUAGCAUUGUCCCAAGUUUUUUCUAAAGUCAGGUGUCGAGCUGAAAUUCUCAGUUUAGGAGUCUGCGCUUUCAAACGUAAUGUGAAAGCAGCAAUAUGCUGUUCUCGAGUUAGCAGAGCAGUUCAGCAGCAGGAUGACACUAACCUCUCUCAGGGGCUGUGUGAGAGCGUGUGUACGUUUGUGCGCACACGUGUGUGUGUGUGUGUGUGUGUGUGUGUGUGUGUGUGAGAGAGAGAGAGCGUGCGUGCAUGUGCGCAUGCAUGCACAUUUCUCUGCCAGAGUGACUGCAUAGAGAUAGAACAGCAGAUGGGCUGUUGUACUGUUAAAAUGGGGAGAUAAUGGUUAUAUGCAAGGUUAAUGCUUUUUCUCUUGAGGCCUUAAUUUCUAUUUUCUACUUUCCAAAGUGGUGUUUAUCUUCAGGGCUAUCUUUCCUUAAUUCUUUGUCCUGCUGCUCCUUGGGUUCUCUCUGGUGUUUUUGGUUGACAUUUUUUUUGACUGCCUGUGUGUUAAUAAUAAUACUUCCAGGUUGGUUAGAAGCACCUAUAUGUCUCCCUCUAUUCCUCUCAGCUUAUGUCUUUCACACAGGGAUACAGUGGAGAUGCUGUUAUAAAGCUGAUUGUUAAGUUCAUAGCCCUGAAAAUGCAGCCUGUGUCUUCAGAGCUUCUCUGUUCACCUUGAUUGUUCUGUCUUUAGGCUUGAUGGAGGAGGGCGAAGAUUAUCAGAUUGCUAAAUCAACAGAAAGUGAUAAGUUUUUAAUCUUUUAGCUCUUUGAAUGAUAGUGUGUUUUUAAGGGUUAUUUUGUAACAAUGAACUGAUUUGUAUAUACUCAAAAUUGUUUCCAGGUCUUUGUACAUUUUCAGUCUUUAUGAUUAAAUAUAAAUAAUUUUCUGCACUAAAUGUGCAUGUAUAAGUUUCCACAUUGUGACAGCUUUUUGGUUGAUUUUGGUAUCUGAGAGGUGCAUUUACAGUAAACUCUACAAGUAAAACACAAGUCAUUAUGUUUACUGUGUAUAUAUAAGUAACUAUGUCACAAGUAAUUAAGAUGGAAGAAAUGUAUUUGUUUUUACAGGAAUGAGGUGUGAUAUGGUCAGAAGCUUCUUCAACCUCUGUACACUAUAUAGGCCUCUAGGGGCUCAGACCAGUAAAUGAGCUGUGGACCCUACAGGUCCAUCUAAUUGGUCCUAAUAUAACAUUAAUUGCAUAAAGCAAAAAAAAGUUGAAGACUGACUCACAAUCCUGUACAAAAAGAAAAAAAAAAGAUUCAAAGGUCUCCUCAAGCAGGCAGGAAAAGGUCAAGAAAGCCACUAAGAUGUCUAAGCCAUUUCCAAAGGAUGACUCUCUCUUAAUUUACUUUGUUUAUCUAUAGUUUUGACUGGAGUCCACACAAGGUUUAACUAUUAUUGACAUUUAGCAUAUCUGCACCUUGCUAUAGACUGUAUAUGAUGUUAUAAGUUUUCAAAAUGAAGCCAAGCCAUGAAAGUGCCUUAAAGAUGCUCUUCUUAAAUUGUUAGCAGGAGCCUUUUCCACUGGUUCCAAGAAAUCUGGUUCUGUCCACUCUGAGAAAAUGCACGAGUUCCUUCAGGUUCUCAGUCACAUCCACCUCGUGCUUAUCACAUCCCAGUUACAAAAACCAAGGGUGACUGCUGAAUGCCUGACUCGAGUCAUAAUAUUUAUACUCACACGUUCAAGGUUUUUAGCUUGUACAGGUAAAACAGUGCAAUAAAUGUAUUACUGGGCAUAACUCCAAUCUUAUAAUGCAUUUUACUAUUUUUAAUAACUGACUGUUUGGUAAGUCUGGCUUUUUUUUGAUAAUUACUUGCUGUACAGUAAAGAUGACAGCUAAAGUCUCCUGUUACAUAUUAAAUGAUUUCUGCUUGUCCUGCAA